AAAUUUUUGAAGAAUUAAAUAUUAAAACAGAUCUUAAACAACAAGAAAUUCAACAAAAUAAUCUUAAAAUCAUUAACAACAAACAACAAAAACUCGAUAAAAUUGACAAUUUUGAAUAUGUUGAAGAUAUAUAA